AUGGAGUCGCUGUUCGUCCUGAAUGAGGCGGGGACGUUUCUCCUGGAGAAGCACUACGGCGUCCGCACACCUCGAGACGCGUGCGGCCCGCUUCUCCAGCGCCUGGUGGUCUCGCAGAACUCCGCCAGAAGCAGCAAAGCGGGCGCCCUCUCGGGCUCCAGGGGCAGCCACGCGCUGCCGCGAGUCAUGUGGGGGGCGCGAGGGACGGUGCUGGUUCACGCGCAGCACAACAAUCUGCUUUUCGUCGGAGCCGCUUCGAAAGACGUCGAGCCGCUGCUGCUUCUCAAUCUUCUACAGCGCAUGCACAGCACGCUGGCGUGGUACUGCGGGUCGGCCGCGACGUCAUCGCUGCCCGCGUCGUCGGUAUUCGCCGGCGCGAGCUCCGAGUUCCUCCUCACGGAGGAGGCGCUGCGGAAGCACUACUCCCUCGUCUACGUCUUGCUCGACGAGAUGAGCUCCUGCGGCUACCCUGCAACUGUUCAGGGAAACAUUCUGCAGAUGCUGGUCCGAAGGCCCUCCGUCAUGGAGGCUGCGAUGAAACUCGUGAACGGCUCGUCUCGCGUGCUCAGUUCGCUCGCCGCUUCGUUCGGGCUUGCCGGGUCGCAGGCCGCGGCAGGCGGUCCCAACGGGCCUGGAGCCCAGCGGGCCUUCGCGGCACUGGAGUCGGAGGCCGGCGCCGGCAUGGGGCGGGGCAGUGGCAUGGGAGAGGGUGGAGGCAUCAGCGGCGCCGGCAGCGACUGUUGGUGGCGCCGAGGGAACGUUCACUACGCGUCGAACGAGGUCUAUGUCGACGUCGUCGAGGCGAUUCACGCCAUCGUUGACGCCGAAGGCAAGAUGCUACAGGCGUCGGUUAGCGGCGUCAUCCAGAUGAACAGUCGCCUGAGCGGGUUGCCGGAGCUCUGUCUCACGCCACGGCGCCCUGCGCUACUGCAGGAUGCCUCCUUUCAUCCUUGCGUUAAGCUGCCGCGCUUCAAGAGGGACGGCGUCGUCGCCUUCUGUCCCCCAGACGGCGACUUUGUUCUCGCUUCUUACUGGCUCUGCGACAGCAAGUUCACGUUGCCGCUCUCUGUCUCCGGCAGCGUCGCGUUCCCGGCAAGCGCCUCUGGGGCCUCGGCGCCUGCGGGCGCCAAGUUCGGGCUCUACCCCACACCCCACAGUGUCUCCGCGCGGAGGGACGGCGGGUCUGCGGGGGCCCCGGGGCUGGGGACGGGCCGGUUGGAGCUGCGGCUCGCGCCAUUCUGCCCCGUCGGCGCCGCAGCCGCGCCGGGAAGCGCGGCAGGCAGUGCGAGUCUGAACUCUGGCGUCAUGGAGGCAGUCCUCGUCUGCGUGCCGCUGCCGUCCUUCGUGGACGGGGCGACCCUGACUGCGAGCUGCGGAAACAUUCGCUUCCUGCACGGUUCUUCGUGUCUACUCUGGGAAGUUAGCUCUCUGGCGUUUGACGCGCCGACUCAGAAGGCGGAAGGCACGCUCACACUCGUCGCAGAGGAGGCGAAGCGCGUCGAUGUCAUUUCACCCUGCGAAACCUCGCUGGUGGCUUCAGUGCAGUUCCUUAUCAAGAACUGGGUGCCGUCUGGUUUCAAGCUGGACUCUUUGGACGUUUCGAACAUCAAUGUGCCGCCGUACAAAGGCUGUCGGUACAGCACAGUCGCAGGUUCGGUGGAGUUCCGCAUCGAUGCCCGCCCGCAGUGA